AAAAAGGUGCAUUGUAUUCUUCCAUUCCAUGACAAUGCUCAUGUUGUCUGUGUGUCUGUGAAUGCCGCUUUGGAAUCAUACACAUUGAUCGGAACCCUCAUCAUCAUCAUCAUCAUCAUCAUCAUCAUCAUCAUCAUCGCCGAUUCCCCAAAUUCAUCUUCAUGCAAUGAUUGUGUAUAAUGGAGCUUGAUUUGAACCAGGAGCCUUUGGACCCAACUUACACUUCAGGUGUUGAAUUGGGUUCUUCUACAGAAUCUGCCCAUGUUCAUAUAGAGGACCAUUUUAGACACCUGGAAGCAGUAACUUCCAGAGCUAGGCAGCGCCUGAGGUUGACGCCGGUUCACUCUCCGAUUCAGAUAACAAACUUUUCAGGAGAAGCCACCACAAUAGCUGAUGUUCCUGGCGAAGCGAGGGAGCGCAGGGAGGUUGAGGAAAAAGUUGUUGAAAGUGGGAGAGGGGUGAAAAGGAGUGGUGCGGAUUUAAUAGCGAAAGCUUUGGGGCUGGAAGAACCAGGUGCGAGUAAGGGAGGGAGCAGCACUGGAAACUUUUUUGAUUGUAAUAUAUGCUUGGAAAUGGCUAGAGAUCCUGUUUUGACAUGCUGUGGUCACUUGUUUUGUUGGCCUUGCUUCUAUAAGUUGUCUUAUGCUUACUCAAAUGCAAGGGAAUGCCCUGUUUGUAAUGGAGAGGUUACUGAAGCAGAUCUUGUUCCUAUUUAUGGAAAAUCAAGUUCCAGUGGCGAUCAUCGGUUGGAAUUGGAAGAAGCUGGUUUGAGCAUUCCUCCUCGACCCAUGGCACAAAGAGUUGAUGGUAUUAGGCAGCAGCUGGUAAGGCAAGGAGCAUCUUCCUCUAUAGUCCGUCACAUCUUGCAGUUUCAUAACCUUUUUGGUGGAGAGCGAGUUCAGUCAGAAAGCCCCAAUACCGCAGCAACCGAUAGAAAUAAUGUUUCGCGCAUUCAAUCUCAACCGCAGACAGACAAUAAUCAACAUCCUGAUUCUAAUCCGAUUUCAAGGUUGUUAGUGCAAAGAGCUGCUUCAUUUUCAUCCAUUUCAUCAAGAUUAAAUUCUGCAAUGGAUUCUGCAGAAAGACUCGUUCAGGACCUUGAAUCAUAUAUCCAUCGCGACCAUACAGGAGAAAGCAGGCAGUUAAAUCCUCCUGAUGCUGAUAGAAAUCCAACUUUUAGUGCUACUGCUACAAACCGGUCAGAGAGUCUGACUCAAGAUGUUGCUGCAGCCAAUUCUGCAACUGCAACUUCUGUGUCUCCUAUAAGCAGUAAUGUUGACACAGUUGCUGUUAUAGACUCAGGAAUUCAGACAACAGAUGAUAAUGUACAGAUUAGGCCCUUAGACCCUUCUACAUCUUCAUGGAGAACUGAUGUUCCAAGAGAGCGCCGAAGAAGAUUGCGAUGAUGGGGAUUUGGAAUACACUCACUAAAGGUUUCUGGCUUAUAUGCAUACUACAAGUUACUCUUCAUACAAAAACUCAGCUUCUUUGAUAAAACAAAUAUAUUUUCUUAGCUAUGUAUAAAGUGCCAAUUUUUCAUUCAACAGAUAUGCGGAUGUUUAGCACAUCACCAAUGUCUUCUUUUGUUCACUAUUUGUAAUAGGCUCAGGCAGAUAUCUUUCUCUUCUAUUAGGGAUCUUAUAUGAAUGAUCAUUAUGUUUGCAGCAGCAUGGUGUGACAUUUCUAUAACUACAGAGCUAGUAAUCAAUGUGCCUGCAUAUAUUCUUAUAUGUUCAUAAUAGAUUGAUCUUAGUCUUCUGAAUA